CUCCGCGCGGCCCCAGGUGAGUCCCGCGCGCGCCCNGCCCGGCCGCGCCGGCCCCUUCCCAUGCGGGCGGCGCGGGCCCUGGGAGGGGCGCCCGCAGCCAGCCGCGCAGCAUGCACUGGGGGGUUGGCUUUGCCUCGUCCAGGCCGUGCGUGGUGGAUCUGAGCUGGAACCAGAGCGUCUCCUUCUUCGGCUGGUGGGCCGGGUCCGAGGAGCCCUUCUCCUUUUAUGGGGACAUCAUCGCUUUCCCUUUGCAGGAUUACGGUGGGAUCAUGGCAGGGCUGGGCUCCGAUCCCUGGUGGAAGAAAACCCUUUACUUGACCGGGGGAGCUUUGCUGGCCGCAGCUGCGUAUCUGCUCCACGAACUCCUGGUCAUUAGGAAACAGCAAGAGAUUGACUCCAAAGAUGCUAUUAUUUUGCAUCAGUUUGCAAGACCUAACAAUGGUGUCCCCAGUUUAUCUCCUUUCUGUUUGAAAAUGGAAACUUAUUUAAGGAUGGCUGACUUACCCUAUCAGAAUUAUUUUGGUGGAAAACUCUCUGCUCAAGGGAAAAUGCCUUGGAUUGAAUAUAAUCAUGAAAAAGUUUCCGGGACAGAAUUCAUAAUUGACUUUCUGGAAGAGAAACUUGGAGUGAAUUUAAACAAAAACCUUGGUCCUCAUGAACGAGCCAUCUCCAGGGCAGUGACUAAGAUGGUGGAGGAGCAUUUCUACUGGACCUUAGCUUAUUGCCAGUGGGUGGACAAUCUCAAUGAGACCCGGAAGAUGCUCUCUCUUAGUGGUGGCGGUCCCUUCAGUAACCUGCUGAGGUGGGUCGUGUGCCACAUAACGAAAGGAAUCGUGAAACGCGAGAUGCAUGGCCACGGCAUUGGCCGCUUCUCCGAGGAGGAGAUUUACAUGCUGAUGGAGAAGGACAUGCGGUCUUUAGCAGGGCUUCUGGGUGACAAGAAGUACAUCAUGGGGCCCAAGCUCUCCACCCUCGACGCUACUGUCUUUGGACACUUGGCCCAGGCAAUGUGGACCUUACCUGGGACGAGACCUGAACGGCUGAUUAAAGGUGAGCUGAUCAAUCUGGCUAUGUACUGUGAGAGGAUAAGGAGAAAAUUCUGGCCCGAGUGGCACCACGAGGAUGACAACACCAUCUACGAGUCAGAGGAGAGCAGUGAAGGAAGCAAGACACACACGCCCCUGCUGGAUUUCAGCUUUUACUCAAGGACAGAGACCUUUGAAGACGAGGGAGCAGAGAACAGUUUUUCCAGAACCCCAGACACAGAUUUCACUGGACACUCGCUCUUUGACUCCGACGUGGACAUGGAUGACUACACAGACCACGAACAAUGCAAGUGACGGUCAGCCUUGCUGACCCUCCUUUGCUGGAGCUGCCUCUCCCUGGGGUCCGUCCAGCUUCCCAGGCAGAAAUCCAUCGAGCUGGGAGCAGAUCUUCAUGCUCGGCACGGUUCUCGCAAGCUAACUGGAGUAGGGCAGCCUUAUUCCUCUUUUGUACAAACCAGACACAGAACCAUUCCUAUGGCUCCCUUUAAAACAAAGAGGCAAAAAAAUAAAAAAGUCAGCAUGGUUCCUAAAAUUCAUUUUUGUUUUCAUUAGAAAACUAACGUUGUGUGGUAGAGCAGGUGCAAGAGCGGGUUGUCCACAGACUGCUUAGACAUUGGUCCCCUGCAACCCAAGGGCUUAGGUGUGAGCUGGAUCCUUGAACGUCCUUCAUCUGGUAGGAUUCAGAGUCGUGAGUGAUGUCAUCAGAAGGAAUGCAGGAGAUAAGUGUUCUUUGGUGGCCGCUUGUAUUUUCUGUGUGUAUAUUGUAUGUUGAAAUAUAAGUCAAAUAAAAUCCAUAGAUAUUCAGUGAA